GGGCCGGGACGCAGCCAGACGAACACCACCAAGCCCCUGACCAUCGCUCCUCAGCCUCCUCCUGCACUGAGUUUGACCUCUUCAAGAGUGAUAUACUACUUCUUCACCUCCAUCUCGACCUCGUGCUCCUCCUCCCCCUACACUUCAAGAUGCAAGGCGUCGUGUGUGUACUGCUGUGUUCCCUGGUCUGCUGUGCCCUCGCCGCCCCUACCGACUAUGAAGAGUCCACUCACAUCCCUAUUCUGCUGGACGAGAGAACGCCCAUCGAUCAGUACGGCGGCUAUGGGCUCAAGAUCCAGACUGGGAACGACAUAACGUGGGUGGAGAAGGCUGAGGCGAGCGGCCCAGACAACGAGGUGGUCAGGACUGGACAAUACAGGUUCAUCCACCCUGACGGCACGGUGCACCUCAUGACCUACACCGCCGGCGUCAACGGGUUCCAGCCCAUCUCUGACCUCCUCCCCACCCCUCACCCCCUCGAGCCCUGGCAUCUGGAGCAGAUCGCCUUCGCUGAGAAACAGAGGGCAGAGAAGGCAGCGCGGGGGGAGGAAGGAGAAGGAUACGGUGACGAGGCUUAACUUUCUUCCAUAGUUACCCUUGAGAUCACUUGUUUUCUGUUAUCUAACCAGUUGGCGGGUCAGUUUUAGGAUUAACCUGAAUAUAUUUUUAUUAUUUUUUUUUUAUAUUACUGGUUAUCCUGUUUAUUUUUUACACACUGUUUUAUACUUACAUUACGUUAGAAGUUUCGUAGACGUUGUAAUUACGUCGUAGUGCCAUACGCUGCCGCUAUUUCUACUGACUUCAAUUGUUAUAUUAUGUACUACUAAGUUAUUUUUGUAUCCUCGAAAUGAAUAAAUAGUUUUGUGAUUUA